AUGGUUAGCCUUGUACCCUACUUGCCGCGGUGGAAGCGGCAAGUGAUUGCCCUCAUAUUUACCACCACGCUGUUCCAAAUUGGCGUUUUAGCUCGGUCACCGGAGGGCGCCACUACUCUCUGCGGGAAAAUGACACUCGAAGACAAAUCACGCCAUCUCGCAUAUGCUGUCAAUGCAUGGAACCCAACCUCGAAGGGGUUUCAAUGCAUGACGGUUAAUCAAGAUGACACGAAUGUGUGGUUCAACGCUCCCUGGUUGUGGGAGGGCGAUAAGGACAAUGUGCACUCGUACCCACAUGUCAAAUUCCAAUCAUCAAAGCUGCCAAUACCUUUGGCAGAAAUUACCUCAAUGCGCCUGACGGGGAGUUGGACCAUGACAGAGGGAUUCUUGGAGACAGAGACACCAAAUUUCAGUAGUCGCGAGUGGGACGAAAACAAAUCUUCACUGGAUAACCUUGGAAUCAAAGCCAAUGCCGCCUUUGAUAUGUUUCUGGACGCCGACUCGACGAACUCGACCGACUCCGUCUCGGCGGGUAUUGAGCUCAUGAUAUGGAUUGGUAGUGUCGGUGACCCCUGGCCACUCAAAACUAAGACGCUAGGGACGCAGAAACUCGGCGAUAGAGAGUUUACUCUCUACUAUGGCAAAAACCAGCGAGCCAACCAUGUCUUCACCUGGGUCCCGGAUGAAGACGUAGACGAUAUAACGGAAUUCGAUGAAGAUGUUUCACCACUUCUCGAAUAUGUCUGGCGCAAUGGCUUGAUUGCAAACUCGACAUACUUAGGCAUAGUUGAGUUCGGCUCAGAGACCUGGCAGUCAUCAACCAACGUGACGUUUUCAGCCGCAAGUUACAGCCUGACUAUCAACGCCACGGGGGCUUCCUCGGGGUCUAAAAUUUCACCGUUGCCACCAGGUUGCUGCGAUCUAGACUCGAGCGGAUGGUGUCCACAGAGACUUUACGACUAA